ACAGCCCUUUGGUGGAUGACCCCCUGCUCUGCUAACCCCCUCCCUUUGCUGCCUCCUUCCAGGAUCGCACACACGUUUGAAGUGUACGUAGAUGCGGAGCGACUCUACCUGUUCGGACUGGACAGCGCAGAGGCAGUCCAGGAGUGGACCAAGUGCCUGGCAAAGUCCUUCAUCCCUGCCACAGCUGAGGGCCUCCUGAACAAAGAUUUCCAGCGGCUCGGCAGACUGCACUACAAGGGCGGCCUGAACUUGGAGCGGGCCAAGGAAGGCUGGUUCGCUUUGGUGCAGUCCACCCUCUACGCCUACCUGGAUGGCAGCGAGAAGGAGGAGGCCAUUCACCUGCGCAAGCUGCAAGAACUCUCUAUCCAGGGAGACAACGAAGUCCUCGUGCUGGUGGAGAGGAGAAGGACGCUGUACAUCCAAGCCGAGAGGAAGCUGGACUUCUUGGGAUGGGUCAGCGCGAUCCAGAAAGCGGCCGGAUCCUCUGGAGACACUCUGUCCGAGCAGCAGCUGACCGACUCAGAUGUCCCCAUCAUUGUGGACCGGUGCAUUGAUUACAUCACCCAGUGCGGCCUGACCUCAGAAGGGAUCUAUCGGAAGAGCGGACAGAACUCCAAGACCACCGGCCUCCUGGAGUAAUGCUUGAGGGCGCUCGCUAAGAGUCCAGCUCUCAAAGAAGAGGAGCAUCACGCACAUUAGACUGACGUGGCCAACACGCUGAAGCGCUUCUUCCGGGAGAUCGAUGACGGGCUCUUCACCAAAGAUUGUUCCCAGGCCUGGCUCAGGGCCACAGCUCUUGAGGACAACGGAGAAAAGAUCAGCCAGUACCAGACACUGCUGAGCUGCCUCCCGGCCGUCAACAGAGCCACGGUGAAGGCCUUGGUCAACCACCUGUACCGCGUCCAGUGUUUCUCAGACGUGAACCAGAUGAACACGCACAACCUGGCCAUCGUCUUCGGGCCGACGCUCUUCCAGACGGACGGCAAAGACUACAAGGCCGGGCGAGUGGUGGAGGACCUCAUCCGAUGCUACGUGGACAUAUUCAGUGUGGACGAGGAAGAGAUGCGGCGGCAGCAGGAGGAAAUCGCGGCCAUCAUGAGGAUGCGGAUCGCCGGCUCUUCCAGUGGGGCACAGCAAGCAGGCGACUUCAUCUGCACAGUGUACCUGGAAGAGAAGAAGACAGAGGCGGAGCAACACAUUAAGGUGUGUGUGUGUCUUGUGGUAGGAAGAGCUGACACUGAAAUCUUAGAUCGACGGAAAGUCACCACAAAGGACAAGGAUUACUGGAGUUGCUUUGAAGUCAACGAGCGGGACGAAGUGGAACGGCCUUUGCACUACAGCGAGAAAGUGCUUCCCAUCGUGCACGGCCUGGGGAAGGACAGCUACCUGGUGGUGAAGAGACACGGGGCCAUGGAGCCCAUGCUGGUCUACACAGGUAAGGUAGAGGCAGCCAUCGAGCAGCUCAUCAGCCUGCGGGUGCUGGGGAAGGGCAGCUGUGGCCGUCUUCGGAGGUGCCUUCCUUCAAGGACCUCCGUCUUGAUGGCUCGGUAG